AUGGAACUCCAGUCGAGGCCCCACGAUGUAUCUUCGAGAGUAGAUAUCGACCGCAGCAAUCCUCCACCGUCAGACAGGCAAGGCGAGCUGUCGGAAGAGCAAGCUACGACACGUUCGUACUUGAAGCUGAUAUGUGCCGGUUUCUCAUUCUUCUAUGCCGGGACCAAUGAUGGGACAACGGGGCCACUAUUACCGUAUAUGCUGCAGAGAUACAAUAUCAGCACUGGCCUGAUCACCGUCAUCUAUGUAGCCAAUUUCGCCGGCUGGUUCACCUCAGCCAUGACCAACACUCAUCUGACAACCACGAUACGUCUCUCCCUGGGCGCAACUCUGCUGUUGGGAGCAGGGUUGCAGCUCCUAUCUCAGCUAUUCAGGCUGUGGAAUCCGCCUUUCGGUCUAUUCUCUGUGACCUUCUUCUUUACAUCUCUUGGGCAAGCGUAUCAGGAUUCUUAUUCCAACACAUUCGUUGCAACUGUUCCAGGAGCACAUCGCUGGCUCGGUUUCAUCCAUGCUAUGUAUAUGUUAGGUUGCCUUACCGGCCCAUUUGUCGCCACUCCGAUAGCUAGUAAUAGUAAGUGGUACUAUACCUAUGCUGUCGAGGCUGGCCUAGGUGUCCUCAACCUUGGAUUCGUUUUUGGUGCUUUCGGCCGAGAUAUGUAUGAGGAGAGAAAGGAGAGGACAAGGGCAAUGGACGCACGGGAUGCACAAACACAGCAGCAGCGGCCGACGUCGACAGACGGUGUCAUUGCCGCGCGCGUCACCCCCGGUAGUCCUCAGUCCAGGAACAAGCAGGCUUUCAACGAGAUUCUGCAAACACUGAAACUCCGGUCAAUUUGGUUGAUCAGUCUCUUUUUUUUCUUCUUCUUGGGUGCAAUGAUCACGGCAGGAGGUUGGGUCGUCGAAUAUUUGGUUCGUGUGCGAGGCCGCAACAUGAAAACCAUGGGCUACGUGUCUGCAGGCUACAACGGCGGGGGCUUCCUCGGCCGUCUGCUGCUCAUGGAACCAACUCACCGUUACGGAGAGCGGCGCAUGGUAUUCCUCUAUGCGCUUGCUUGUCUUGCCCUACAGAUCAUGUUCUGGAGAAUACCCAAUGUUGUGGGCGACGCAGUGCUGUUCUCAGCACUUGGAUUUUUCGCCGGUCCAUUCUUUCCAACUGGAGUAUCCGUCGCUACAAAACUCUGUCCAAAGGCUAUCCAGAAUACAGCCCUAGGUUUCAUAUUUGUCCUCGCCCAAGCCGGCGGCAGUCUCUUCCCCGCCCUCACUGGUCUCGUCGCAGCUCAUGCUGGCGUUAAAGUCCUGCAACCGAUUCUGGCAGGCUUGUUUGUCCUGGUUUGCGCGAGUUGGUGGAUCAUUCCGAAAGCGGAAAAAGAGCGAGACUCGUGA